CGCUGUACUUAGCAUUUCCAUUGUACACUAUUUACUAAUACUAUUUUAUUACGCCAUUUCUUUGAUUAGAUUUGAAUUAUAGUAUCACGAAGAUGUCUCAAUAAUUAAUAAAUGUGACUUUGUUCAAACUUGACAUUGAUUACUUAUCAAUAAAACUGUAACUGAAAAUAAUUUUUCCUAAUCACAUGGAGUAGGACUGGCGAAACACACAUUCCAAAGGUGGCAGAGUUAACCAUAAAAUCAACGUGAAUUCGAAUACAUUUCAAAACAGAUAAAUAGUAAAAAAUGAGUGAUAUAAAAACGAUGAAUGAACAGUCAAAGUUGCAAUUAAUCAAAGACCAUAUCGGCGAAUUUCGUGAUUUCCCAAAAGAAGGAAUCGUAUUCAGGGACAUAUUUACAGCACUUUUGGAUGGGCGUGUGUGUACUGCGAUUCAAGACCUGUUGAUUGAUCGAGUCAAGAAAGCCGCGGUGAAAAUUGAUGCAAUUGUUGGUUUGGAUGCACGCGGUUUUCUCUUUGGCUUUUCAAUGGCGGCACAACUGGGCAUUCCGUUUGUGCCGAUCCGAAAGAAAGGGAAACUACCCGGCAAGUGUCGUUCAUACGAAUACACACUGGAAUAUGGAUCGGGUAUACUUGAAAUUCAAGAGAAUAGCGUUCGCACCGGUCAAAAUGUGAUUAUAGUCGAUGAUUUAUUGGCCACUGGUGGAACAUUGAAUGCUGCCUAUCAACUGGUUACCGCUUUGGGUGCCAAUGUCCAAGAGAUUAUUGUGAUAUUGGAGCUCGUCGAGCUCAAUGGUCGAGCAAACAUUCCAAACUCCGAUAAAGUCCAUGCGUUUAUCGCAUACGAUUAAAUUCAAACACCGAACAAAUCCACCUGAAACUACGAAAGUAACACUGUUAAAAAAAAAAUAGCGAAUAUACGAAACCAGAGCUUAUUAUUUGGUACCUGUUGUUUACACAAAUAAUUGUUAAUUUUUUCUACAAAUAUCCAGUAUGUUUGGUGUAUAAACCAAUUUCAUACAGAUCUACAAAUAAAAGCCAAGUAAUUUUUUUUGUUGUUGUUAUUGUUUUCCCGUUUUGAUGGGAUGAAUAAAAUAAAAUAAAGAAAAACGGAUCAAAA